AUGCUGGCGGCAGCUCUUGUGCCAAUGUUUUGUUUGGUGGUGACGUCAUCAAGCUCAUCUUCAAGACCACAAUCUGCGCUUUACUUCAAGUGGAAGUCCACCACCCUGUGUUUACCAGUGGUGUACCACCUUGUGUUUACCAGUGGUGUACCACCUUGUGUUUACCAGUGGUGUACCACCCUGUGUUUACCAGUGGUGUACCACCCUGUGUUUACCAGUGGUGUACCACCGUGUGUUUACCAGUGGUGUACCACCCUGUGUUUACCAGUGGUGUACCACCCUGUGUUUACCAGUGGUGUACCACCUUGUGUUUACCAGUGGUGUACCACCCUGUGUUUACCAGUGGUGUACCACCCUGUGUUUACCAGUGGUGUACCACCUUGUGUUUACCAGUGGUGUACCACCCUGUGUUUACCAGUGGUGUACCACCCUGUGUUUACCAGUGGUGUACCACCUUGUGUUUACCAGUGGUGUACCACCCUGUGUUUACCAGUGGUCCAUCACCCUGUGUUUACCAGUGGUCCAUCACCCUGUGUUUACCAGUGGUGUACCACCUUGUGUUUACCAGUGGUCCAUCACCCUGUGUUUACCAGUGGUCCAUCACCCUGUGUUUACCAGUGGUCCAUCACCCUGUGUUUACCAGUGGUCCAUCACCCUGUGUUUACCAGUGGUCCAUCACCCUGUGUUUACCAGUGGUCCAUCACCCUGUGUUUACCAGUGGUCCAUCACCCUGUGUUUACCAGUGGUCCAUCACCCUGUGUUUACCAGUGGUCCAUCACCCUGUGUUUACCAGUGGUCCAUCACCCUGUGUUUACCAGUGGUCCACCACCCUGUGUUUACCAGUGGUCCACCACCCUGUGUUUACCAGUGGUCCACCACCCUGUGUUUACCAGUGGUCCACCACCCUGUGUUUACCAGUGGUCCACCACCCUGUGUUUACCAGUGGUCCAUCACCCUGUGUUUACCAGUGGUCCACCACCCUGUGUUUACCAGUGGUCCACCACCCUGUGUUUACCAGUGGUGUACCAAUUUGUUGAUAACCUAGACCAGUAAAGAAAAGUGUUCACCAUUUUCCUAUCAAAUACUUGCAUAAUGAGAAUAACCCAGAUGGCUGACGCACUGGUCUAGCGGGUGUCACGCACUGGUCUAGUGUGACGCACUGGUCUAGCGGGUGUCACGCACUGGUCUAGCGGGUGUCACGCACUGGUCUAGCGGGUGUGACGCACUGGUCUAGCGGGUGUGAAUUAUCAUGUUUGGUCCUUGGAGUGCGUCAUGUCCAUAGUAUUCCCCCUAGAAACCAGUAGCUUAUUAUUCUUUGGGCAGCAACUAUCACUAAGGCGAAGACAUAUUUCCCCCCAACGCGCAGACUGAGGGGAGUGGAGGUGGGUGAGUAAGGGGCUGAGCUGUGGCUGCCAGGGGUACAGGCUAAAAUUAACUUCGUUUGCCUCUCCGUGGCCAAAUUUCCUCCGUCUCUUUCCCGGCAGUCGCGCCUCGAGAAGGCUGACAAUAGACCCAUACAUAAUGUCGCAUCCACUUAGCUUAUGUAUACAGUAACUGGAAAUAAAUGUACAGGAUGUUUGUCACGUCUGAGGCUGUCGAGAUGCCUAGUGCCAAGGGCAACUUAUCAAAACACACAUGCACGCACUCUCACUCAUUCAAUAAUAUCACA